AUGAUCCCUCGUCAUAUGACGGACGACCAAUCUCCAAAAAAUAAAGCUGACUUACUUCAACCGAAAGCCAAUAAUAAACCACAAGGACAGCUGGCGGCACUGUUAAGAGGAAAACUUGACUACGAUUAUGAUAUGUUUGGAACUCAAAGACAAGAUAUUAGUCGUUCAAAUAGUGCACCACCUACUCAAGUAGUAGAUCAACUUGGUCGGUUUGACCCUACAGAUUUAGAAAACCCAUCCGAUCUCCGUUUAGAUCCAGAUUAUCUUGCAUAUUUUUAUAUGAAUUCUCGUCUUGACCCCAGACUUCCUGCGCCUUUAUAUACACCUGGUCAGUCUUGGCAAUUAUGGGCUGGCGGUGGUGGGAUAGGUAAUUUAAGCCACAAGUCAAAUGGUGCUCAAACUCCAAAAUCUAAAGUUUUGGAAAAAUUCAGAGGAAUGGAUGCAGAUGAUGAUUUUCUACGAGAACAUCCUUUGGAUCAAAGUUUGGAACCUGAAUCUCAUUCAACAAUUAGUCAACAAGAAUUCUCUAACGAACCAAGCGGUCACGGAGGACAAUAUGAACAAUUCGGUAAUCAAGGCACCAGCAGCGCUGCGUCGCUUUGGAGAUCUGAAAUAUCAUCACCACCACCUCAAGGACCACCAGGGGUAAAUAAUGAUCCUCAUUCGCCAAAUAAGCGUAAAAAUCCAGUGGAAAUGAUUCAAGAAGAUUUUCCACGAACACCUUCUCCCAUGUUUGCUCUUCAGCAAGCUCAACGUCAAAGACAAGCUGCUGCCCUAGCUGAAGCCAAUGCUAAUGCUUCAGAAAUUGGUAAUGAUACUUUUGAUGUAAAUGACCUUCGUCAAGCUCUUGAGCUUGAAGAAUCUCUUCGUUCAGGUCAUCAUUAUACAAAUAACAUGCGAGGUGAUGAUGAUCACCAUUUAAAAUCUGUUGUGAACGCUGCUUUGGAUGGAGUGGAAGAUUAUGAUCAUCGAAUAAGUCCUUUUCCUAGAGGAACUUCCCCUCCACUUCGUGGGAAAUUCUCUCCCCCUCCUCGUGCUAAUUCAACACCACCUACUCAAAAUCAUUUCCGCACUCAUAGUCUUAAUUUUCCACAAGAAUUUCACGGAGAUCUUUCUCACACUGAUAUGAUAUAUAACAUGAAAAAUCUUGAAGGAAAUGAUGAUUAUACAGAUGCUUUACAACAAGCCCACAUCCUUCGACAACAGCAAGCAUUAAAACAACAACGUUUGAAGAUGCAAUCACAGUACAAUUCUUUAUUUAAUGAUGGUUCUACAACUUCUGGAUAUUCGCCCCAAUAUGGACUUGAUAAUUAUUCAGUGUGGGAUGUUCGUGAAGAGGCAACGAUGGGUAGAAACAUAAUUUCAUCUGAAUUACCAUAUUCACGCAGUAGCUCUUUGGGAUUAAGUUCAGGAAGAAAUUCAAUUGAUUAUCAAAAAGCUCUUCAACAACAACAGCAGCUCGGACUAAGCGGUACUGGGUCCCUUAUAAAUCGAGCCGACCAAUUAUUACCUUCUGAAUACGGUUCUGGUAAAAGUAGUCCAUAUUAUAACUCUUCUAGUUUAAAUACGUCUGGUCUAAGUUCUGGUCUUGGGAAUACACCACUAAGUGCACAAAGUCGUGCUACUCUUGCGGAAAAAAAUUUAAGAUUGCAAUCACAACAGUUAUUAUUUCAACAAAAGCAGUUACAACAACAACAAUUAAUGCUUGCACGUGAACAAUUAUUAAGGCAUCAUCAUUCUGCAGAAUAUUUAGGUGGAUAUGGUGGUCUUACUAGUGGUCGUCGUAGUCAUGACCUGAGUUCUAGUAUUUCUGACCCUGGUCACGGUAUGCGAAGUGCUCUGCUUGAAGAGUUUAGAAAUAAUAAGAAUAAAAAGUACGAACUUAGGGAUAUUGUUGGCAACAUUGUAGAAUUUAGUGGUGACCAACAUGGUUCAAGAUUUAUUCAACAAAAACUUGAAACUGCCAAUAGUGAGGAAAAACAAUUGGUUUUUGAUGAAAUUCUUCCCAAUGCUCUCCAAUUGAUGACAGACGUGUUUGGUAAUUAUGUUAUUCAAAAGUUCUUUGAACACGGGAAUCAAAUGCAAAAGACCAUAUUGGCGAAACAAAUGGAAGGUCAUGUAUUAUCUUUAGCUUUGCAAAUGUAUGGAUGUCGUGUGGUACAGAAGGCUCUUGAACAUGUACUUACCGAACAACAAGCUACAUUAGUAAAAGAACUUGAUGGCAACGUACUUAAAUGCGUCAAGGAUCAAAAUGGUAACCAUGUUAUUCAGAAAGCUAUCGAACGAGUUCCCGCCGAGCAUAUUCAGUUCAUCAUUAAUGCUUUCCAUGGUCAGGUUUAUAACCUUGCUACUCACCCGUAUGGUUGUCGUGUAAUUCAACGAAUGUUUGAACAUUGUACUGAUGAGCAAACUAAGCCUCUGUUAGAGGAACUUCAUCGAUACACUCAAAAUUUAGUUCAAGAUCAAUAUGGCAAUUAUGUCAUUCAACACGUUCUUGAACGUGGAAAAGCCGCAGAUAAAUCUAUGGUUGUGGCUAAAGUUCGUGGCAAUGUUCUACAAAUGUCGAAACAUAAAUUUGCCAGUAAUGUUGUUGAAAAAUGUGUCGCUCAUGGAAGUAAACGUGACCGCCAAUUAUUAAUUGAAGAAGUUAUUUUAACUAAAUCCGAUGGCACGUCACCACUAAUUUCUAUGAUGAAGGAUCAAUAUGCUAACUAUGUAGUUCAAAAGAUGCUUGAUGUGGUAGAUGGAGACCAACGUGAUCUGCUCGUAGCAAAAAUUAAACCUCAUUUACAGUCGCUGAAAAAAUAUACUUACGGAAAACACCUAAUUUCAAAAGUUGAAAAGCUUAUGAUCCUCACAGAAAAUCAAAAGAAUCAAAAUGGUAACCUUUCUUCAACAACAACAGAUGGGAUGCAAAUGAAUUCCCCUGAUACAGGUGAAAAUUCUCCUGUCAUUUCGUCGCCGGCUAAUGGACCCGAAGCAAGUUCACAUACUACUAAUUCUGCUCCUCAUUCCGAACUAAUAUAG